UUCAAAGGAGCUAAAAAAAUAACAUAAUAUUGAUUAUAAACAUUUACAAUUCAAUAAUUCAUCUCAUUCAUAGAGCAGAUUAAUUAGAAAACUUCUGAUGUUGUUGAUAUACUUUUUUCAAAUUUUUCAAAAAUUCCUUAAUCAGUUUGAUUUUACGCCUUUUCCCAACAGUAUUUCAGUCAUAUAGGCAGAUAGUUUCCUAACCAUUGUUUCUGGAGUAAUCAGUUUGAAAAUACGUUUAAAAAAUACAAUGUUGAAUGUUUUUUUUCAUACAGUUUUCCUGGAAUGGUUAGAGAAACAUGUUAACUAACCAUGAAUCUAUUUGCUUUGUUGUGUACUUAUCACUAGUUCAUUUGUUUCUUCUUACAAAAAUAUUGUACAAUUCUAAAUAUGAAAUUGUUCUGAAAGAGGUUAGCCAUGCAUACACAUUCCUAACAGUUGUUACUAUUUCAUAAAUGUUGGGGAAACAAAACUUGCUACAGUUGCCCGCUGAUAGUUUUAACAGGAGAUAAAACAUAAUGAUGUUGUAAACUGGUGUAAUAAAACAUGACAAAGGCGUAUAAAAGCUGCUUAACUUGUGCAGUCACAGUGACACAUAUGGUACACUGGUGCCACCUAGUGGUAAACUAUAGCUGUAAUCUGAUGAGAAGUGCCACCUAGUGGUGAACUAUAGCUGUAAUCUGAUGAGAGGACAAUCCUACAGCAGAAUGAAAUAGACCUGUUAUGAGGAUCAGCUCUUUCCUGUCAAUCAUGUCGGAGAAGUUCAUGAGGAUAAUUGGGAUGGAUGCUAGAUACAAAUGUUUUGCAAACAGAAAAUGCUUACAUUUUUGUUUGGCAUUUUUCAUAAUACUAUGCAGGAUUGUUAGAGAGACUAGGGAUUAACUCUAUGAGAAUAGUCCAACUAGAAAAGCUACUGAAGAUUGUGGAAAGGACAACCAGGCUGUUAGCACAUCAGGUGAUGUAGUCAUGGUAACAGGAGGGUCAGGAUUUCUAGGACAACAUAUAGUUAACUUGUUACAAACCAAGGCAGAUCAUGUGAGAGAGAUAAGAGUGUUGGAUAUCAAACCAUACAAAAACUGCUAUGGUGACCAUGACAGUAAGGUGAUAUUGUCAACUGUAGGAUGUGUCACUGAUUCCAAUAUUGUAUGUAACGCAUUACAAGGUGUAGAUACUGUCUACCAUAUAGCAGGAAAGAUUAGCUACGGAACAUUCCCUGAUAUCACGGGAAUGCAUCACAUCAAUGUAGAAGGAACAUCAAACCUUAUCAAAGCAUGUCUUCUCAAUGAUGUCAAAAGGUUAAUUUACUGCAGUACAGUGGAUGUUGUCAUUGGAUACGAUGACAUCAUAGAUGGGAAUGAAGCUAAUACAGCGCCACCUAGAGAAUUUUUAUUUCCAGGUUAUCCUGAGACCAAGUAUAAAGCAGAAUGUCUUGUUCUGAAAGCUAAUGGUUCUCAAACGAAAAAUGGCAGUGUGUUACAGACAAUCUCUCUGAGAGCUAAUGUAAUGUAUGGAGAAGGUGAUCCUUACUAUAUCACCAAUGGUCUCCGUAAUGCCAGAGAUUCUCACGGUACCCUGUACCAAGUUGGUGAUGGUACAGCUCUAUUCCAACCUGUAUAUGUUGGAAAUACUGCCUGGGCUUUCAUAUGUGCAGACAAAGCCUUAGCAAAAAAUUCUAAUCUUGGUGGAAAAUUCUACUUUAUACCAGAUGAUACACCUCAACAGAAUACAUUUAAAUUCAUGGAACCAUUCCUGGAGGUCAGAGGUUACAGUCUUUCCUCAAUAAAAUUUCCAUUCAGACUGGUUUACUACUUCCUGUUUUUCUCAGAAUUAGUUGUGAAAGGAUUGUCUCCCUUUAUUAAGAUAAACCUACCAGCAGAAUCUUACAGUAUAAAAUAUAUCAAUAUGAACCUGACAUUCAGUAGUAAGAAGGCAAGACAAGAGAUAAAGUUCAAACCUAUUUUCUCACCUGAGGAGGCCAAACAAAGAAGCUUACAGUAUUACAAACAUGUAGCAUUGUAGUAUGAAAUGGAAAUAUGCGAAAUAAUCCAAACAUCACCUUAUCAACAUGGAAAUCAAGGACAGACAACUUUUCAUAUACAAAACUGACGGAGGAAGCCAACUUAAGAGAUA